AUGAAGAAUCUGACAGCCGCCUUCUUGUCGCUGGCUACGGCCGCGUCGGCCUCGUGCGUUGGAAGCAAAAUUCCCACGACCUCGUCCACGGCCGUCGCAGCACAACCGACAACAGUCAGCAGCAGCAACGUCACCAAUCCGUCAAACUCGAGCGCGAGUUCGUCUUUCGCCAAGACCAAUGGCGUCCUUUUCGAUAUUGAUGGCGUAUCCGAGUACUUCGCGGGUACGAACUGCUACUGGUGCGGCUUCCUGACGGAAAACGGCGACGUCGACCUCGUCUUCUCUGACAUUGCAGCCUCGGGCAUGAAGAUUGUGCGAGUGUGGGGCUUUAACGAUGUCAACACCAAGCCUACCGAUGGGACGGUGUGGUACCAGUACCUCUCUGCCGAAGGUUCUGAGAUCAACACGGGCGUUGAUGGCUUGGGGAGGCUCGACUACGUUGUCCAGGCUGCGGAGGCGAAUGGGUUGAAGCUUAUCAUCAACUUUGUCAACAAUUGGAGUGAUUAUGGAGGUAUUGCAGCUUACUCCUCGGCGUUUGGGGGGGAUGCGACAACUUGGUAUACCAAUUUGGUGGCACAGAACCAGUACCAGGCCUAUAUUGAAGCCGUUGUGAGCCGGUACUCGGAAUCGACUGCCGUAUUUGCUUGGGAGUUGGCGAAUGAGCCUAGAUGUGAUGGGUGUGAUGUAUCCGUCAUUUACAACUGGGCCGCCAACACCUCGGCGUACAUCAAGUCUCUAGAUUCCAACCACAUGGUGACUAUGGGCGAUGAGGGUUUCGGUCCCCUCGACGGUGACGAUGGAAGUUACCCGUACACCACCUCGGCUGGAGGCUACACCUGGAGGUCCAAUAUGAACAUCACCACCCUCGACUUCGCCACCCUGCACCUGUACCCCGACAGCUGGGGUCAGGACUACAGCUGGGGCACCCCGUGGGUUGAGUUGCACGGAGCCGCCUGCGCUGCAGAAGGCAAGCCCUGUCUCUUGGAAGAAUACGGUGGCAACAAUAACUGCACCAUCGAGAACCCUUGGCAAGACGCUGCCCUAGCCACUGACGGCAUCGCCGCCGACAUGUUCUGGCAGUACGGCGACACGCUUCCCAGCUCUGGCUCGCAGACUUCGGAUGACGGCAACACGGUUUACUACAAGCAGGGCAACUGGGACUGCAUGGUUGCGGAUCACAUUACGGAUAUCAAAGCGGCCAAUGCGGCCUGA